CAGGAUCAAACGCAAAAAUAUAAUUCCUCUUCAAAGUAAAAAACGCGUUCAAAUUUUCAGAAGUGGGAUCAGUAUCCAUGCGCGACGCAGUCAUCCAUACGGGAACAACGUCGGCGACGGAAACGGCAACGAAAUCGGAAUCUGUUUAGCAACGAAUACGGAAACGAGCAACGAAAACGAAUCCGACAAAACGGGCUGUCCGAGAAUUGCGCAGUUGGAGGCCAUCUUUGAUUAUCGACGUGAAAAUUUAUGAGCCGAAUCAAACGACGACGGCUUGCGGUGGACGAAAGGGAAGAGGAAGAAAAUCUGCAACGGUUGAACAGAGUGACGCCUAACAUGAACCGUGAGUUCCAGUCUGCAAUGCGGCCACUUCAUCCCGAAGAGAUAAAACCUCUCAUCGCUGAGUUCAGUGGUGAGUGUUCGGUCGGGCCAUGGCUGCGGAAAAUUCAACAUUAUCAGCGGCUUUAUUGUUGGAGUGACAGUGCUACGUUGUUGUAUGCUGCAACACGGUUAACCGGUUCGGCGAAAUUGUGGUACAGUUCGGUGGAAGAGCAGAUCGAUUCAUUUCAAGAAUUUAGAGUACGAAUUCUUGCAAUUUUUCCGAACUUUUGUGAUGAUGUGGAUGUUCAUCGAGAGCUAAUGGGAGUGAUUAAAUUUAAUCAAGAAAGUUACGAAAACUAUGUUUUUCGCGUGCAAAAUAUUGCCAGCAAAGGCGAAAUUUCACAAACAUCGGUUAUCAAGUACAUUCUAAGUGGAUUGUCUCGCGAUAAAUUGUAUGAGCAAGUGGUUUCGGGUCAGUAUAAAACAGUUUUCGAUCUACUUAAACGGCUCAAGUGGUGCGAAUCAAACAUUAAAUUGAAGAAAGCAACUUUCGCGCCUGGAAAUUCGGGAAGUGUAUCGAGAUCGAAUACAGGAAAAGUCUUGCCACCGCCGGCUAGAGUGGCAUCUGCAAUCGUUUGCUUUAACUGCAGCGCACCAGGACAUAGGUCGAUUGAUUGUCCUCGCCCACAGCGCCGUGAACGUUGCACUGUGUGCAUGAAGGUUGGUUAUACUGCAAGCGUGUGCAACAAUCCUGGAAUUCCGAAGGCCAAGCCAAUGGUUGCGAUGGUGAAUACGGUAAAGCCCACGAUGCCGGAAGGGGGAGCAGAAUCCGACCAAUUGGAAAUCGAAACCGACGAAGAGGGGAUGCUGGACUGCGAAGCUGUUCUGGGUCGUCGACUGAGGAACAUGAAGCUGUUGGUCGAUUCUGGAAGCGCGAAUGAAUAACCCGUAGGCAUAACAUCAUUGCCGUUAAAUAUAUAUUCAAAUCGCUAUUAUAAAAAUUGUAACGAGCGUAGGGAUUAGGACGACGAGGCGUUCAGCAGGACGGCCGAGCUGUAAGAGUGAAAAUAUGACAUCGUACAAUUGAAUCAAAAACAAAUUAUCUGGCAACCAUGAACGCUCUCGUCCGUCACUCGUUUUGUAAAGCUAGACAGGA